CAUCACCGCUAAUCCCGACGUGCAUUUUCUGGUGAUUGUCAAUCCCAACAGUGGACCGGGAGCCCCCCCAUUGCCUGAUGCCAACUACGUGCGUGAAAUCGCCCGACUGAAUGGUUAUGCGAACGUGGUCACCGUAGGUUACAUCGCCAUAAACUACUGCAAGAAGCCCCUCUCCGAAGCCUUGGAAGAGGUUCAGACGUAUGCCACCUGGGCUGAGGAUUACGUGAGAACUGGUCUAGGCGUGGGAGGGAUCUUUCUCGACGAGACCCCGAACCUCUCCUCGCCUGAAGCGGUCGAGUACCUGGCCGUCCUCCAGGACCGUAUCAAACGCACGCCGGGGCUUUUAGAAAACACCCGGCCACACCCAAUCAGCGCCGUAUCGCACAUGUCCGAGAAAGGCGAAGUUGGCGAACCCGAUAUUGAUCAUCUUGAGGAUUUGCAGGUCAUCCAGAACCCAGGAACACCACCCGAUGCGCCCCUGGCUAAUAUAGGGCCCGAUCUGAUCCUGACUUGUGAGGAACCUUAUUCUCGCUAUCGGUCGAAUGAAGUCCAGCAUCGCCUUCGUCUACUCCAUUACGAUCGCGCGCGAUGUGGAUUUAUGAUACACUCGGUACCAGUGGACGACCUGCGCCCAUUGGUGCACGAACUACGUCACCGCGCGGCGUACCUUUUUGUGACCGAGUUUUUCGGUGAGUUCUACGAGCGCUUUGGCCCGAAUAGCUGGACUGCUAUGGUGGAGGCUUCCCAGUCGCAGCCUUGA